CGUCCGCUUGCUAAAUGCGCAUUCAUGUGACACACUUCGAAGACUACAGAGGCAACAAGGCCAAACAGAUAUUAUUUUCACGUACAAAAUAAUCGUUUAAAAGACUUUCUUUCUAAAACAUUUGUGGUGUUGUAAGAAACAGUGGUUUUCUAUAACUUCUUCACAUAUUUGCAUUCAAAAUGGGAAUGAUAUCGCGAGUGCGCGGGCGCAUUAGGAGUGAUUCUUUCUCGAAGAUUCACACGAUCAAAUCGGAGGACAAACUCGCCAAUAUCGUAUGGCUCCUAUCGCUGGUCCUACUACUACCAUACUGGGCGCCCCGGGGGCUCUUAGUGGCUCUUGGCGGGGCGUGGCUGAUGGCAGCCUACACAUGUCUGGUGGUACCAGUUCUCAUCUCCGCCAACUACAAGUACCCAGCGAGGUGGUACCCUGCCGUGGUCAAACUCGCUCAAGAGGUAGCAAAGAAGUUGCGGGCGCCUGUAACGCGCGUGCUCGGUGUAAUGAAGGCUGCGUACGCGCCGGUCGAACGAGCUGAGAAACUCUUCCUGCAGAUGAAUAAUCUCUCAACUAUGAUUGGACAGUUGCUGAUGUUCACAGCCUGCGACCGACUACUCGUCUCCCAAGGCAGAUUAACCUGCCUUUACUCUUUAAUGUUCUACAACGUGGUCACCUACUCCGUCAGCUACGUCCGGGAGAUCUGCACCAAAGAAGACUGGUCACCCUACGUCAACGUAACUCGCCAUUCUAGGGUCAAGCACCUUGCAAUGUCAGCCACGAAAAUUGUCCUAGAAUGGACGAAAGCUGUCACCUUCAUUGUCACCAUAACUUUUGUCCUCCUCGCUCUUGGAUUGGAACAAGGACUAGAACAUUACAAACCCACAGCGUUAUACACAGCCAUCACUGGCACGUACUACCUUCUAACAGAGAGGACCUUCUUGGAGCUUUGGCCUAUUGGUCUAUCUGCUCUAAAAUUAGAGAGGUUAGAAGGCAUGGAGUUGCUGUAUUUCGGUGCUUGGGCAAGAGCCAUCACCACAGCGUUAGCCAUUCCCUUAGUACCAGCGUUAGCGUGGUGCGAGCGGUGGAGAUUAGCCGCUCUCCUCUUUUAUGUAUGUGUAUUUAUUCAUGGACGACACAGGUUAGGGGAAGCUCUCGCGAAGCUCCAAGAAGCCCGUGGCUCCUUGGCGAAGUUCAGGCGAGCUACACCCGAGGAGCUGGCCACUCUAGAGGAUGUGUGUGCAGUGUGUUUGGGCACCAUGAAGUCAGCGCGAGUGACGCCCUGUGCCCACUUCUUCCACGCAGACUGUUUAAGGAAAUGCCUAGCCAAUUCAGACAGAUGUCCUAUUUGUGUCAGGCCAUAUGUAUUUUGUUGACCAUCAGCGUAUUACAUUCGGAUAAGACUGCUUAUAACGAAAUUUCGUCGCCAUUUCCCAGAUGUAGAUUUGGGAAAUGUUCUUGAUUAAGGUGAUAAUUAUGAAAGUAAGAUUUAUUAGUAAGUAGGCGAAUUAACAACGGAUUAGAUCGUUUUGGUCGGUUUUAAAUAUAUGUUGUAAUAUUUACACAAGUAAUGUUGCUUUAGGCGAGCAUUCACUAUUCUGCCCAUAUGGUUGUUGCAUUGUAUAAAAAUCAUGAAAAAAUGAAAAAAUAUUGUAAUCGCCUCCUGCUAUGAGGAUCUCCCGCAUAUUUUAGUGUAUGUGUAAGUAUUGAUAUUUGUAAGUAAUAGAUUGUCGAAGCUUCGAUUCCAUAUUUUUUCUCAUAUCGAUGCUUUAGCCUUAUUUUAUUAUUACUUUAGAAAUUACUUAUUUGGGCAUGUUGUUCGCUGUCUUAGCUCUAAGGAUACGUACCUAUGUUGUUUUAUCGAUGUCGCUUACUGCUCUUACGGGUUCCAAGAGUUAGCAAUGCUGGCUAGGAGACUUAUUACAUGUAAAAGGAAAUAUAUGGAGAUGUUGAACCGUCGAUGUUAAGUGUUGAAUGUCAGACUCACGGAACGCGCCUCAUGUAGCGAGUAGUAGCUACCCACGCAUUCCUUGGGUCCAAGUUUGUAUUAAUGUUUUGUACAAUAAAUUACUGUCCAAUGACAA